GAACUUGUGAAGUCCGUGGAAGCAGAGGCAGCGGCGAAGAAGUCCGCUGAAGAGGCCAAGGCUUGGCAGGCAAGCUUCAACACAUCGUUGCAGAUUGGAAGGAAAGAAGGGCUCCUGAGGGAAGCUCAGCAGGAGCAGCAGAGAUGCGAAGAAGCUGAGGUCAAUGCAUCAAAAAGAGAAACCAGGAUGCGCUCGUUGCUGAAUACACACAAAAAGCACCUCGUUUUGUGUGACCUGCAGGUUGAACUUCCUGAAAAGGAAGCACUCAGACUUGAGGCCAAAGCUGCUUUCGACAAAGCAGAAAAGAGCCUCUUGGAGGCGCAGAAGAAGUUGGAGAGCCUCGCGAGUGAAGAAGCAGAGACUCACGAAAAUAUUGGAAAGACCUACAAGGAGUUGGAGGAGUUGAAGGUUGAGCAUUCCAUAGCAGACAAGGAGUACAACGAUCAGGAUCCGGAAGAAAGAAAGCGAAGCUUCACCACAUCUUUGCAAGGGUCAGGCUCCAGAAGUGAAGUGAUAGAAGGUAGUGGCUGGUACGACUCGGCUUUGAUGGCCUUCGAUUUCGAUGAGCUGGAGCUUGCAGAGUCAGAACGGCAACCCUCCGUUCUGGAAUACAUAUCGGAUUCUCGUCAGACUCGAAAGAGCCGCGCACGCAUAUGGUUUGAAAUCAAGCGAUGCUUUGAGGCAGACACGGGACCGGGGUGUGCCGACUGGAAAGCCCGCUAUGCCAGGGAGCUUCUGCUACGUGCGAUCAAGGAAGCUUUGCAGCGAGAUGGCUUCGUCGUCAUGGAUGUAGCGUUGCCGGCAAACGCAGCACAACAGCUUGCCAACAGAUUGAAACUUUGCUCGGCAGCUGUGACAAGCGCCCUGCACAAUUCCGUCGAAGAGACGACGGUUACGCAGUGCCCACAGUGGGUUGGAAGCCACCUGUCAAGAUCCCAAGCUUCCACUGCACCGGUUUGCCAGGAGUUGUGCGACUCGAAAGAGUUGUCUCCGCUUGGCCAGAACUGUGAAGUUUCCUUCGCAGACUCCAAAGGCUGCAUGUCUAUCCGACCGUACAGCAAGGCCGAGUUCAUCAACAUGAUGAAGCUGUUUGUUCAUGCUGCUGCCGAUAAUUCCGUUUCGGAAGCCCAGCUCCCCGUCGCUGACAAAGUCUCGGUGCAAUUCUCGUUCGGCGACCAAGAAGCCCUGCAGAAGGCCAGAGAGCACAAAGUUUCACAGACAGAGACUUGGCUUCGGAAGAACGUGUCAGUGCGAGAGCUGGCGCUUUCCAACAUGUUCUUGCCCGUGGUCGUUUCCGACGCAAGGUUGGAUCUCGCGAAGACCGCAGGGUGGUCAGUGAUUUCGCUGGCAGGCAUGAAGCGGCCGGCAGAGUCUGACCUGGUGCAGUGGCCCUCGCAGUUUGUGCAAGUUUGGUCUAACGCACUGAAAGAUCUCAGGCAAUCCCUUUGCUGGCGUAUCGUUGUUCAGCAGCGCAUCUUCCUCUUUUCCUACGGCAUCGGCUGGUGGGUUUGGGUCUUUGCACUGCGCAACGCUUGGCACAGCUUGUCUGUCUCAAUUGACAUGGGUAUUCCAGGCAAAGCUGCGGAGGAAUGCAGCCAGGCGCGCUGCGUCCAGUGCUUCGCAGGAAGCUAUCAGGCCCACCAAGUUGACAAAUCUGGGGACACACGGGCCCGCGGGUCCUUAGCUGAGGCAGCUCAGCUGGAGCAGUCUGAAGUGGAGGCGCAGGAAGGUGGAGAAGAGACGCAAGAUGGAGAAGAGGUUGAGGAAGAGCGUGAUCUUGACAAAGAAGAGAAAGACGGGGAAGGUGGCGACGAGCCGACAGGUGAAGAGGAUGAAGAAGCUCUCUUCCGAGCAGAUUGCAAGCUUUGGAAGCUGGUCAAGCUUCCAGCAUCUGACUCCAAGGAAGGAUCAGAGGCUUGGACCUGGCAAGAGAGGGGCUGUGGAAUCGUGCAGAUCAAUCGGCACAAGAGGACGCGAGCCUGUCGGCUGGUGAUGCGCAUGCGGGGCGUUUUGAAGCUCCUGCUGAACACGCCGGUUUUCCCAACGACAAGGUACGAAAUGGUUGGGCAAAAGUCUGUGCGCUUCGUCGGUGUGGAUGCAGAUACGCAUGAGGUGAAGUCCGAAAAAGUGCCAUUUUCCGCUUUCCGCUUGAAUCUCCAUAGCAGUGACCAGCAGGGCAAGUUCCUGGCCAUUCUGCGCGACGCAGCCGAUUCAGCAAAGAGUUGA